AUGCGAGAACUUUCAUCUAAAACAGCUACUAUUGCUACACAACGAGCACAUGAUCUUAUACUCGAUUAUAUUAAAGAAGCUAUACAAGGUUUAGCUAAAAUGAGCAUUAAUAGAAUUCGUCGGGCUUCAAUUGAAGAAGACGAAUGGGAUGCUCUAAAAACAUUUGAAAAUGUUGCAUCAAAACAACAAAAAAAAUAUGAAAUACCAUCAACACAAAUUGAUACAAAUGUUGUGUUUGAUGAUGAUGAUGAAGGACCUUUAAAUAAUGCAGUUUUUACUCAAAAACCAUUAUCACAACAACAAGAAACUAUAAACAAUCAAAAAGGUUCUGAAUUAUUUAAAAAAAGCUUGUUAGCGCAGCCCCUUUUGCGCUGAAAUGUGGAACUGACAUAUCUCCUUU